AUGGGAGCUGAUACUGUCAUCCUGGGAGCAGGUGUCAUUGGCCUCGCGACGGCCUAUCAGCUGGCUCUUACCCAUCGAAAGGCCGCCAUCGUAACAUCCAGGCCACCUGGAAAGAUCAUCGUCAUCGAACGAGCUGCACAUAUCAGUCCUGCUGCCUCUGGUCAAGCGACAGGUGGACUUGGAGAUUUCGGCUUCGCGACCGGUGUCGCUGAUUUGGGCGCUCUUUCUUACAGACUGUUCCAGGAACUUGCUCUCGCAAAUGGAGUGAAGGAGUUUGGCUUUAGCGAGUCUACAAUCUAUCGCAUCAUCCCCGAGGACUUCACGGGUACGCCUAAGCCACCUGAUACUUGGGGUCCGACUCCUCCCGUUGAACAGCCUGUGUCUGCGCUUCCCGACUGGAUCAGACCAAAGAGCCAUUGGUCAAUGCAGCGUAUGGCUGGGCCCUCUCAUGCAUCACAUCUGGAUCCAGCUCAGUUCUGCCGAUUUCUUUACGAAGAGUGCAAGAAACUAGGCGUUGACUUCAUCUUCAACGCGAACGCAACAUCAGUUCAGGCGACACCAGGAUCGCGACAUUUAACAAGCAUCCAGAUCAAACAACAGGAUGGUGACUCGCUCAACAUCCCCUGCAAAAGUCUAGUCAUAGCAGCAGGUCCCUGGUCCCCACGUGUCUUCUCAACACUGUUCCCUCACGCCUCUUUCCAGCUACAGAUGAAUUCCACAGCGUCAGCCGGAAACCAUUUCCGCGUUCGCACUCCUGGAUGGAAGCCAGAGAACGACCAGAAAGGAAGUGAGCAAGUCUUCUUCCAAAGCGAAGUUCCGGGUAGACAGGGUAUCGACGUCACUAGUUUUCCCGGAGAGGAGUUGUACAUAGGUGGAUGGGGAGCCACACCGGAAGAACUUCCUGAACUUGCAGAGAAUGUGCAUGCGCAGCCGGAUGAGGUUGAGAGUAUGAAAGAGGUUUUGAAGGGGUAUUUGAGAGUGCCGGAGGAUGAAGAGUUGGAUGUGUUUGCGGUGGGGAGGUGCUAUAGGCCGCUUGCGGAGUUCGGACAUCCGAUAGUCACGAAGGUAGAUUGGGAUUUGCUUGGUAUGGAUAACGACUUCCGUGAGGCGCCGCUUCGUUCUGAACAAGAGGAUGAUCUCCAGCAUGGUCGGUACGGCCCCGGUGGUUUGUUCUUCAACACAGCGCACUUCGAUGAUGGUGUAACAUUGUCGCUCGGAAGUGGGAAGGUUAUGAGUGAGCUACUGUUGGGCUUACCUCCGUCAGUUGAUGUGUCGGGACUUGGAUUGAGCUGA